ACGGGUGGAUGGAGAUGGCGGCGACAUUCACACACCACACACACACGCACACACCACACACACACACAGUUGAGGAUGGUGGGAAGGAGAAGCAAAAGAAGAACCGAAAGCAAGGCAACAAGAAGUGGAGGUGGUGGUCGUGUGCGACGCUGCGGCGUGAUGGCAGGCAUGGCUGCACAAGGUGUGAAGCUGGUGUUGCUGGUGGGGCUGGUUGCUGCGGUGGUUAUGGUGUGCGCGUUGGAGAGAAGGCAUGGUGAUGCUCAGGACAACGCAAACGGUGGUGUGGUGACGGCGGAGAGGUUGAAGAAAGUGGGUGAACCAGGCGCUUUCCACAAUCUCUGGGCCGUCCACGUUGAUGGAGACCGCGACGCAGCAGAUCAAGUGGCCCGCGCUCACGGGUUUCGCAAUCGAGGACCGAUCGGCGGGCUGGACAACUUCUAUCACUUUGAGCUCAGCUGCGAUCCAGAACAAGAAGCAGCCGGAGAGUGCGUGCAGCCGCAUCGCCAUGCUGCGCCCCACACGCACCGGCUGCUUAACGAGUCCCGGGUCAUCUGGGCCGAGCAGCAGCGCUUGCUGCACCGCCCACGCCACUACGCCGUGGACUUGGACACCUUGCGUGCAGGCAACGCAGGCAACGCCGGCACCGCACCUGAUGAGGACAUGUCCGCUCUUGCAAGCAUGGAUGCUGCAGCCCCUGGUGGUGGAGGUCCUGAAUCGCAGGGAGGUUUGGGGCGUGUUCGUCGUGACUUUGACGCGGACGCGUAUGCCAAAACCAUCAACGAUCCUUCAUUCUCAGUCCAGUGGCACCUGUAUCAGUCGCAUAGCGACAACCACCACAAUGUGCUGCCUGUGUGGAACGAGGGCAUCACGGGCAAAGGCGUCGUUGUCACGAUUGUGGACGACGGUAUUGAGUACACGCACCCGGACCUCAAGGCAAAUUACGACCCAAAGGCAAGCACAGACAUCAACGGCAACGACGAUGACCCCUUCCCCGACGAGCGGUACCCAAUCAACAAGCACGGCACGCGCUGCAGCGGCGAGGUUGCUGCUGCCCGCGACAACAGGAAGUGUGGCGUGGGCAUUGCAUAUGAGGCAAACAUUGGCGGCAUCCGCAUGUUGGAUGGCCCCGUCACAGACAGCGUGGAGGCGCACUCGCUCAGUCUCAACCCGCAACACAUUGACGUGUACAGCAACAGCUGGGGUCCCAACGAUGACGGGCGAACGAUGGAAGGGCCGGCACUACUGGCGCGCAAGGCCUUUGGUGACGGCAUUGCGAAGGGGCGUGGUGGACUCGGUUCAAUCUACCUGUUUGCAUCGGGCAACGGCGGAAGCGCUGACGACUGCAACUGCGAUGGGUACACCAACAGCCCCUACACGCUCUCGAUUGGGGCGAUUGACGAGCACAACAAUGUGCCGUACUACACGGAGAAGUGCGCAUCGACGCUCGCCGUCACAUACAGCAGCGGCUCCGGCACGCGCUCCAUCACCACUGUCGACCUGCACAACGGAUGCACACACGCGCACACGGGCACGUCGGCAGCGGCCCCGCUUGCCGCUGGUCUCGUGGCGCUCGUGCUGCAGGCCAACCCAAAACUGACUUGGCGCGAUGUGCAGCACGUCAUUGUUCGCGGCACCCGCACCCCAGGCAACAGCUGGGACACAAACAGCGCUGGGUUCAAGAUGAGCUAUGCGUUUGGGUUUGGGGUGCUGGAUGCAAAGAAGCUUGUCGACGUUGCUCGCACGUGGGAGAACCGACCCAAGCAGCUGCAGCACAAGAACACCAUCAAGCCCAACAGCGCCAUCCCCGCCACGCAAAGCAUGUCGGACGCGCUUACGGUUGCGUUUGACGUGCGGCGGCAAGACACGACCAUCGCUGAGCUGGAGCACGUGCAGGUGAUGGUGAACAUCAACUCCCCGCGCCGCGGCGACAUUGUGCUUGACAUUGAGGCGCCAUCCGGCACCAAGUCGAAGCUGCUCACGCGCCGCGCUUCGGACUACAGCAACAGCGGCAUCCACUGGACAUUUAUGAGCGUGCGCCACUGGGGGGAGUCGCCGCUGGGCAAGUGGAAGCUGUACGCGCGCAGUUUCGGCACAGGCAGCGCGAAGCUUGUUGACGCCACCCUCAUCCUGUACGGCACAACAGCAACCGGUGAUCACAGCGGCGGCACAACGACGUGUCCAAAGGGCACAUACCGUGACAGCAGCGGGCAGUGCCUCAACUGCGACGCAGAGUGCGAUUCCAAGGGGUGCACUGGCGCCGGCCCGACAGCAUGUGUUUCCUGUCAACACUACGAGCACGCUGGCACGUGCGUUGCAGAUUGCGGGGACAUUGGCAUGCUUGGCGUUGACGACAGCAAGGAGUGCGUCAAGUGCCAUCCACAGUGCAAAGGCUGCUUUGGCCGAACGGAGUACGAGUGUGUCGCGUGUGUUGGCGCAACGCUGCGCGAAGGUGGUCAGGUCAAGUGCGUGGACACAUGUCCAAAGCACCACUACCUCGAUGACGACAACCAGUGCCAGGCUUGCGAUGCCGAGUGCAACACGUGCGCGGGUCCCGGUCCCAACAACUGCAUGGCCUGCACACAUGUCCAACUCUUUGACGGCACAUGCGUCGAUGCAUGCCCAGAAGAAACGUAUGAGAGCAGCGAUGGCGUGUGCAUGGCGUGCAAUGGCCAGUGCCGCGACACAUGCACGGGUGCGGGCCCGACCAAGUGCAGCGCAUGCAAAGGGUUGCGUCUUCAGCUCCAGGAGGACGACGACAGCAGCGUUGUGACGAAAUGCGUGGAGGCGUGUCCGCCCUCCCGCGUUCCCAACGAGCACCAGGUGUGCGUGUGCGCGAACCACACCUACCCGGACCACCAGUCGCUCGCCUGCCUGCCGUGCCACGCCGAGUGUCUCUCAGGGUGCGACGGUCCCGAUGUCACAGACUGCAUCGGCCCCUGCGCACAUGCGCAGCACAGCACAGAGUGCGUUGAUGAGUGUCCGGCAGACUACUUUGCCAGCACAGACACGGCCGCCUUCCACGCGCUGUAUCCACACGCCACCAUCCGCAGUAGCAACGUGUGCCUCCCUUGCAACGACCAGUGUGCCUCCGGCUGCACGGGCCCAAGCGCUCACGACUGCACCAGCGACAGCAGUGGAAACCGCUGCCUCGCCUUUGAGGACGAAGAUGGCGCGUGCGUGCCUGCAUGCAACAAGGGCACAUAUGAGGAUGUGGCGUCCUCCAAGUGCAGGACGUGCCACGCGGAGUGCGACGGGUGCAUUGGCGCGGGUCCAGGCGCCUGCCUUCGCUGCAAGCACGUGAGCCACGAUGGCACGUGUCUUGCGUCAUGCCCCGUGCACAUGUACGCCACGGAGCGCAGCGUGUGCGAGGAGUGCCACCCAGAGUGCGCGGACGUGUGCUUUGGCCCAUCUGACCGCCAGUGCUUUGAGGCGGCAGCAGAUGUGAGCGCCACAGAGCCGUCGUGCAAGUCUGUGCACCUUGGCCAGCAGUGCCUCUCGGAAUGCCCUGUCAGCCACUACGAGGACAUUGACUUUGCAUGCCAGGCAUGCGAUGGCGAGUGUGGCGAGGAAGGCUGCCACGCUGCCGGCGCUGCGUCGUGCAACAGCUGCAAGCACGUCACUGCCAGCGACGGCACGUGUGCGCGCCAGUGCCAGGCUGACGAGUACGUGGACGACGCGCAGAUGUGCCGGCCAUGCGAUGCGUCGUGCAAGCACGGGUGCAGCGGUCCUGCUGCAGGCGACUGUCUGGACAGCGGCGACUGCACAACGCAGCACCAGUCGUGCCCGUCCGACUCCUACUUUGACACGGCCGUGUGCGAGUGCGUCAAGGAUGCAUGCUCCUCUGGCAUCACGUACAAUGGCAACUGCGUGCCGAGCUGCCCGUCCGGCACAUACGCGUCUGAGGACGGCACGACCUGCCACGCGUGCGCUGACAACUGCGACGCCUGCACAGGCCCAACGCAGCAGGAGUGCACGGCAUGUGUGCACGCUGGUGUUGUCGACACCGAUGGCACGCUGACGUGCUUUGAUGACUCAUCCUGCAGGGACCCGGCCCGCCAGUAUCUUGACUCGACUGACAACCUGUGCAAGCCAUGCCAUGCAGAGUGCAAUGGCUGCUUUGCUCCGACCAACAGGGACUGCAAGGCGUGUGUGCAUGUACAAUCCCAGGGCACGUGUCUCGCCGAGUGUCCACGUGGGUUCUACGCGCCGCACGCUGGUGAUGGCGGUGAUGAGGGCAGCAGCGCUGGCACCGUGGUGGUGUGCCAGCCGUGUCACGGAGAGUGCGCGAGCGGGUGCUCGGGUCCCGGUGCCAGUAACUGCACGGCGUGUCGACACGUGCAGCUGGAUGGACAGUGCAUCUCCACAUGCCCUGUCGGCACGUAUCACAACACGGCCACGGACACGUGCGAGGCGUGUGAUGGCGAGUGUCUGGCCGGAUGCACGGGUCCAACAGCCGCAGACUGUGCGGGCGGGAAGUGCGUCAACUUCAUACACAAGGGCACGUGCGUCUCUGCAUGCCCCGUUGGCUUCUUCGCCAACGAGCAGGCAAUGUGUGAGGCGUGCCAUCCGUCGUGCCCCGGCCGCUGCGUGAACGCAACUCCUUCAGGAUGCGUCUUGGACACCAGCACCACGCCGUCCACACCAGUGGAGCCAUCACCAUCACCGCCACCACCAUCAUCUUCAACAACAUCAACCGUGACAGCGGGUGCGUCGACACAUGCGCAGUCGCACACCACUGCACGCGCCCACCAACCUCCAGCCACAGCUGACACCACCACAACGCCUGCAGAUCGCACGUCCUCCAGUGGCGCGCAGUACCUCGGGCGCGUCCCCACCAGCACCGUCGAGAUUGCUGUGGCCGCCGUCCUGCUAGCUGUCAUCGCCAUUGUGGUUCUCUUUGUCGUCGUCAGGCUCAAGGGCCGGGCAAAUCGUGCGCGCGUGUCGUACCAGCGCGUCAAGUUGACAGAGCUGCUGUCUGACGACGAUAGUGAUGAUGAUCUUGUGCUGCACGGCGACCACCUCGCCCCCUUUGAUGUCGUUGCGCCGUCAGUCUCCUCCUCCUCCUCUUCCCAAUCGCCGCCCACAAACGGGGCUGGUCGUGGGCAUGCCCGUGAUGUGGUGGCGGAGGGCACAUCUGUGCAGCUGCUUGCAGACUUUCCGCAGUCGGACAUUUGAACAGUGUGUGGUGGUGUUGUUCGUGUGUGUUGUGUUGUUGUGGUAGCUUUGAUUGGCGGGUGAUCUGAUGUGUUGUUGUGUUUCGUUAUGUUACAUUACGUGACAUGAUUUGAUGUGAUGUUUGUGACAAUAUGGUUGAUUCCAACAUUUAUGGUGUUAUCCUCUUCAAAGCGCAAGGGGAGCAAAGUGUAAGGUUGUUCUGCUUGCUUGCUUGCUAGCAUAAAUGAAUUCACACCAAACCAAACCAAACCAAACCACUGCUGAAACG